ACGUGGGUUAAGCGAGGGCUGAGCUUGCGACUGUGUGCAGUUGAGUGCAAGGAGCCGAGCGAGCGAGUCUUCCUUUCAGGCCUCGCCUAUUGUCCAGCGGUGCUUCCCGCGGGUCGUUACAUUAAUUGAAACAGUCUUCCAGUCUCCUUCCUCCCCGCUUCCCCUCCUUUCCCCUUCCCUCUUCCCCUGCAAUCCUCGGUGCUCCUAUCCGGGCAAAGCUGCGUAUGGAAAAGGGAAAAAAAAAACAAAAAAAAACCCGGUCUGUUAAGCACAAGCAUGUGUGUGGAGCAGAUGUUGCAAGGGAGUCGUGUGGGAAAGUUCUUGCUUUUAAAACUCACAAACGACUUGUUAAUUUGCUCGGGGAUGUUUUAACCGUUUGCGGGACUGCCCUUGACUCUCGUGGCAUGAGGAGGAAGGCCCGACGCCGGGUGUUUUGUUGAGUACAGAGAUCUUGAGAGGCGGGUGUGCUGCGAUCCCAUGAGCUGCAGGCCAGAAAAAAAAAUAAAUCCCCAGAUUUCAGUGCUGUUACGAGAAGAAGUGUCCCAGCUUCAAGAGGAGGUUCACCUGCUCCGCCAAAUGAAGGAAAUGCUGACAAAAGACCUGGAGGAGACGCAUGGCAGCAAGUCGACAGAGGUGCUCUCUGCCACCGAGCUCAAGGUCCAGCUGGCACAGAAGGAGCAAGAGCUAGCGCGAGCCAAAGAAGCCCUGCAGGCCAUGAAGGCGGAUCGAAAACGCUUGAAGGCAGAGAAAACAGACCUGGUAAGCCAAAUGCAGCAGCUCUACGCCACGCUGGAGAGCCGGGAGGAACAGCUACGGGACUUCAUCAGGAACUACGAGCAACACAGAAAAGAGAGUGAGGACGCAGUGAAAGCACUCGCGAAAGAAAAAGAUCUCCUGGAGCGGGAGAAGUGGGAGCUACGCCGGCAAGCCAAAGAGGCAACGGACCAUGCCAGUGCGCUCCGCUCCCAGCUGGACCUGAAAGACAACCGAAUGAAGGAACUGGAAGCCGAGUUAGCCAUGGCCAAGCAGUCCUUAGCCACUUUAACCAAGGACGUCCCCAAGCGGCAUUCGUUAGCCAUGCCAGGCGAGACGGUGUUAAACGGGAACCAGGAGUGGGUGAUGCAGGCGGACCUCCCGCUCACGGCUGCUAUCCGGCAGAGCCAGCAGACGCUGUACCACUCUCAUCCCCAGCACUCUGCCGACAGACAAGCUGUCAGAGUGAGUCCUUGUCAUUCACGGCAGCCUUCCAUAAUCUCUGACGCGUCAGCAGCAGAAGGCGACAGGUCGUCCACGCCAAGUGACAUCAACUCCCCUCGACAUCGAACGCAUUCCCUGUGCAAUGGGGAUAGUCCUGGACCGGUACAGAAGAACUUGCACAACCCAAUUGUACAGUCUCUAGAGGACCUCGAAGACCAAAAAAGGAAAAAGAAGAAAGAGAAAAUGGGAUUUGGCUCCAUCUCAAGGGUAUUUGCCAGAGGGAAGCAGCGGAAGUCCCUAGACCCAGGCCUCUUUGAUGACUCCGACAGCCUGUCCAGCCCGACCCGCCUGAGCCUCAGCCUGUCGGAAGGGGAGGAGCAGGUCGACCGGCUGCAGCAGGUGGAGCUGGUCCGCACCACGCCCAUGUCUCAGUGGAAGGCCAGCACCGUGCAGACGUGGCUGGAGGUGGUGAUGGCCAUGCCCAUGUACGUCAAGGCCUGCGCUGAGAAUAUCAAGAGCGGGAAGAUGUUGUUAACUCUGAGCGAUGAAGAUUUGGCAACAGAGCUUGGCGUGUGUAACUCCCUUCACCGCCGCAAACUUCGACUGGCAAUAGAAGACUACAGAGACGCGGAGGCAGGCAGAUGCUUGUCUAAAGCCUCUGAGCUGGAUCACCACUGGGUAGCCAAAGCCUGGCUGAAUGACAUCGGCCUGUCUCAGUACUCCCAAGCUUUCCAAAAUCAUCUCAUUGAUGGACGGAUGCUGAACUCACUGAUGAAACGAGAUUUGGAAAAGCACCUUAAUGUGUCCAAAAGGUUCCACCAGAUCAGCAUCUUGUUGGGAAUAGAGCUGCUUUUUCAAGUCAACUUCAGCAAGGAGGUUCUGCAAGAGCGGAGGGCUCGCUGCGAGACGCAGAACGUCGACCCCCUUGUCUGGACAAAUCAGCGGGUGCUCAAGUGGGUGAGGGACAUCGAUCUGAAGGAGUAUGCAGACAACCUGAUGAACAGCGGAGUCCACGGGGCUGUGCUGGUGCUAGAGCCGACGUUCAACGCAGAAGCCAUGGCGACAGCUCUGGGCAUCCCUAGCACCAAGCACAUCCUGCGGAAGCACCUGGCGGAGGAGAUGAACGCCAUCAUUAGCCCAGCCAAGUGAGGUAGACAUUCCUGCCCGCUCUUCCCGCAUAACUACCGAGAGCAAGGUGCAUCCGGAAGGUGCAGUUCUGCGGUGAAUAUUGCAGGGGGGAGGAUGAUGGAAACCCCACAAGGAAGUCUGCAGCGCUGACUGCCACGGAGCUGGUCUCUGCAGGGACUUGCCACCACCAGCGCCCGGGGAGACUCGGGGGAAGAAGCGGGGCUACGAGAGGAGAAGGGACCAACAGACUUGGCAGGCCAUAGCUCCUCAAGGUACUCCUUUCCUCCAUGCAAACAGGAGAGGCUUUGUUGGCACCUUGCAACCCCUCUGCAGAAAGAACUCCCUGUGACCUCCCAGCAUGCGUCUCUGCUUGGGCCUGACCCAAACCCCACUCCAGUCAGCAAGCAGCCUUGCCCUACUUUGCCUAAAACUGAAAUUGUAAUGAUGCUGCCUGUGCUGUUUCCAAGUGCUAAUGGUAACUGUAGGUUGCUGGUAAGUGUAUUUGUCCUGUUUCAGUAACACGUUACAUUAUCUCGGCCAAGAGCGUGUUCGAGCGGUUACAGCAGGGGGAAAGGGAGUCUGAUCUCCUGGGCUCUGCUCUUGCUCUGCCACUGAUUCACUCUGUGAACUUGGGCAAGUCAUUUAACCUCUCCAUGCCUCAGUUUACUCAUCUGUAAAGUGGAUGUAAUGCUACUUACCUACCUCACAGAGAAUUGUGAGAAUUACUGUUUGUAAUAACUUGCUUUGUGACACACCAUGGCAGUGCAUAAUUUCAUUAAGUAUAAUAUAUUAAACAGCUGAAUACAUCA